GUGAAGCAUCUGUGUGGUUUCCUGGAGAGUCCAGGAUGUAAACUUGAAACUCUGAGAUUGAAGUGCUGUGGUUUGUCAGAGAUCAGCUGUGAUUAUCUGGCAGCAGCACUGAAGUCCAACCCCUUCCAUCUGAGCGUGCUGGACAUGGAUGGAAACAACCCGCAGGAUUCAGGAGUGAAGCAUCUGUGUGGUUUCCUGGAGAGUCCAGGAUGUGGACUUGAAACUCUGAGAUUGAGUUACUGUGGUUUGUCAGAGAUCAGCUGUGAUUAUCUGGCAGCAGCACUGAAGUCCAACCCCUCCCAUCUGAGACAGCUGGACCUGUAUGGAAACAACCUGAAGGAUCCAGAUGUGAAGCAGCUGUCUGAUCUUCAGCAGAGUCCAGACUGCAGACUGGAGUAUCUGAGGUGGAGGUGAUGAUGGUAACAGGACGGUGUGUGUGCUGAGAGAGGAGCAGCUGUGUCCUGAU